AUGCGCAGCGUGCCCUGCACCAGCACGGUGCUGCCGAGUUUCACCUGCUCCUUUAGCAGUGCGGCGGGAAAGUUGUCGCCCAUGCAGCGAAUAACAAUCAGCUCCUUCUCCGACUCUGCCGAGGUAGGUGCUGCUGCUGCGGCGGCGGCGGCGGCGACGGCUGGGUCGCCUUCUGCAGGGGCGGUGCUGUCGCCAGACACCUCCAGUACGUACUGCGUCACCGCCAUGGCGCCAAGGAAGCCGUGCUGCACGUCAGCGAUGCGACCAAGCAGUACGGUGUUGCUGCCGGCACGUACGUGCACCGACAUCGCGUGUGCCUCCACCGCGGCAGGCGGCGCGGCCUUCUGGAGCAGCUCCGGUAUCGCGGCUGCCUUCAGCGCGUCGCUUGCUGACACACUUCGGCUAUUACCUGUGUUUGGGUCGUCGCAAUCGCCCCUGCCUUCUUCCGUCCCACUGCCACCGUCACCGUUAAGCGCAGACUUCGGCACGUACAUCGCUGACUUCCGCUGUGUCUCGUACAGAGCGUGCAUCUGGGCAUCCGUAAGCUCUUCCCCAUCAUGUGCCGUCUCAACAUGGUCAAGGAGGGCGUCUAGCAGGCGAAAAGACGGAACUGCAUCAUCGCCGGAACAGUGGUGCCGUCUCUCGGCGCAAAGGGGACAGGUGAAGCGGCGCUGCGUUGCUGACCGCGCCAGGCUCGGCCGUGAGGCAAGCUGUUCGUUGGUAAGCACACUCCUCGCCUUAUCACCCUUGUGUUUGCCACCAGCAUCAGCAGAAGCGAGAGCGGGAUUGUCGAUGUCGUCUCCAUCCUGUGCGGCCUGCAGCUGUGCCGUGAGCUCCUCCUGCGGAAUGAACGGGUUGACGGGCUCGUUUUCCAGCUCCUGCAGCACGGCAUUGGGAGAAUCGCCGAAUGGGUUCGGGUAG